AUGGCAAGGAAAGCUAUGAUUUGGGCAAUCGACAUUUGGAGUCUCUUAAGAGACUACAGUUCAAAUAUAGAGGUUGGCGAUGUCAAGUUCAAACUUGAACCUCCAGGUAGUAAGAUAGUUGGUCACGAUGAACAUAUGAUGCCAGUCUUUUCACCGAAAGCAUUGAAGGAUCUUGGUGGAGAAGUCAAUGUUAGAACAUCUACACAUGGAUUACCUGCCAAUUUACAAACAAACUUGCCAAAUGUUACUUACAAUGAUGAUUGUACUGAUACUAUACCACAUGAAAAGCAAUGCUCAUCUAACCAAGUUUUAGAAAUUUAUACAUCUGAUAAAAGAGCAGCCAUUAUGUUCACAGGUCCAGAUAUUCAUCACGAUCGUUCAACAAUAACAAUAACAACAACAACUCAUCUACCUUCAAACAGAGUCAAGGAUGCCAAUCAAAUCAUCACAUUGCAACCAUUAACCUACAACACACUUAGACACGAGUUGUUGAAAUUCAACAAUUAG